AUGUUCCAUACGGCGAGAAACAACUGCCUAUCAGACAUCAAUGCUCGAGUCACUAUCCCAGAUGAUUCGGAGACCGCCGACCCCUACUACACUCUUAUCAAGUCAAGUCUUAUCAAAGUCGCCCGGAAAGCUCAAAGUGAAUCUUUGAAGCAGCUCUUCAAGCUGGUCAAGGUUAUCGUGGGACAUUUUACAGGCGCAUUCGGAGAGGCUUUCUGGGAAACAACCUCGCGGGAGCAACGAUGCAGUAUCUUCGGCGCAUGUUUUGACUCUCACCCGAUUUGGGUAAUGAAAUACUAUCGACCAAAGGAGUUCGCGGCAGUGGACUUUGGAGCGAUUUGGGCCAAGGAGACACCAGAUCGGCACCGCUGGAGACGCUUUUAUCGCAAUCAGUUCAUUGAUAUGGCUGACUCUACAUACACCCACCGCAUUACAACGCCGAAUGAUGAAGGGCUGCUGGCUGUAACUCAUUUGUGGAAAGAUUGGCCCAGACAGCAAAAGGUGCUGGCCUGGCAGAUGGGCAACGACUCAUACGAGUUACCCGGAUUAGUUGGAGGUCCUGAUCAUCGAUAUGAAGAAGAGCAAGCUAUGCAUGAUGAAAGACUCCAUAUGAAUUGUCCAGGAGCGGGCGCUGGAAAUUUCAGAACCCCAAGUCAUUAAACGUAAGGAGAGAAGUAGGUUUCCGGUUGUCCAGUUAUUGUACACCUGUACCAAUAAUCCUGCUUUCUGUAGGAUACAAGGGUUAGGGUACAAGAGUGACUGAAGGUAAGAGGAAGGAGACUAUGCUUUACAAAAAAUGGGCUUUUCUUUGCUUGCUCGUCCAGUUACAUAAUAAAUUUAACAAUCUCUGGCAUUGCUUUACUAACUUCAUAUGCAUGAGACGAUCAGAUCCCAAGUGAGAUGAAGAGGAACCCAUCGAUAAUUCGGGGGCCAAUGAAAACGUCAGAUUGCCUGGAAAGCGGCAUAGUUUCAGACAGCAAGGUUAGAUUGAUG